UGCAAUGCCUUCUAAGUGGUAGCACUUAGAGCCCUCUAUCUGGAAGCACCCAAGUUGUCUGUGUGGAAAAACAAAAGAAAACAAUAGACUGCAGUUUGAGUCAGACAGACGAAGAGACACAGAGAGCUGAGUUUGGGCUCUGUGGACAUCUUAGGAUGCUAGCUGUCCGCCUGGAGACCUGAGCAGUGGACUUCGGCAAUCAUCUGGAGAGUUUAAGCUGUGCCUCAAGCUAUGCUCCAGCUGUGUAUUUGUAAAUAAAUACAAAUAUUUCAAAACACCAUUAAGCCUCCAGAGACCUCCUUCCAAAGGAAAACAAACCCAGAUGACCAUCAUGUCCCAUUCCAAGGAUCUCAAAGAUGAUUUCCACAGUGACACAGUCCUCUCCGUCUUAAAUGAACAACGCAUUCGGGGUGUUCUAUGCGAUGUCACGAUAAUUGUGGAGGACACCAAAUUUAAAGCUCAUAGCAAUGUCCUGGCUGCUUCGAGCCUUUAUUUCAAAAAUAUAUUUUGGAGUCGGGCGAUCUGUAUUUCUGGACAUGUGCUGGAACUCGAUGACCUCAAGGCUGAAGUGUUCACAGAAAUACUUAAUUAUAUCUACAGCUCUACAAUCAUCGUUAAAAGACAGGAGAGUGUUUUAGACCUUGCAGCUGCAGGGAAAAAACUGGGAAUAUCAUUUCUGGAAGAUCUUUCAGAAAAGAGCUUUUCAAAUUCUCCUUGUCUGUACUCAUUCUGCAAUACUGAAAGAGGUGAAGUGAAAGAAGAAAAAAGACAAGAAGACUCGGCCAUCACAAAUGGCCCAAGAAUCACAAAUGCAUACUCAAUUUUUGAAUCUGAGAAUAGUAAUAAUUUGUUUUCUCCACUUGACCUGAGAGCAAAUUUUAAAAAAUUGCCUGAAACAAAUAAAGCUUCCAAUAUUGCUCUGGACAGGAAUGGUGCUUGCAAAGAUGUUGAACGAGUCAGUACAUUAGCUGAACAUUCCUAUGCAGUUACUACAGGUUGUGAUGCUUUUCAACAAAAUUCAUUUUAUCACGAAAGUAAUCCAUUUUGUAAAAUGGGUGAAGAUAGUUCUGAAGUUGUCCAAUCAAUACCUCUAGUCGAAUCAGUAAUGCAAACGUAUAGUACAGCAAAGGCUAUUUUUAACUCCCAGGUCACUGAUGCGCCUACAGUGAAGAUAUCAACCAACAAAGGAAGCAGUGCAGAAGGUCACCAAAACAUAGAAAAUGAUCACACCAUUUCUUUCCAAAAAUCCAACCCAAAUACUGGCAAUGUUCUCCCUUCUAAGGAAGAUGAAAAUAAAUCUGAUCAUAUUUCUGGAUCAAUAGUCGCAGUCAUUCCACAUGUUUAUAACUGUAACUGUUGUGCUAAAUCAUUCAAUGAUGGAACUCAAUUCAGCACUCAUCUUCAGCUUCACUCACAACCUCAAGAACCUUUUGUUUGCAAAUACUGUAGCAAACAAUUUGAAAGUACUUCUGGACUAGAGACACAUGAGCAAGUAUGUAGGGAAUUGGACAGUUUGUGUGUUCGAAGUGAAAAUGAACAGAGUUGUUUAGAUAAAUUUGCUACUUCAAAUGGAAAAACUGGCACCUCCUAUAUAAACCCAGAACCCACAUUGACUGAAAAUGAGCUUACUGAUUUUCCUGUCACAAACUGCUCAAUGCCAGAAACAGACCACUUUGUUAAAGUUGUAGACGGACAGAUACUUUAUACGUGCACCGUUUGCAAACGUACCUAUGUUACUUUGUCUAGCCUCCGAAGACAUUCAAAUGUUCAUUCGUGGAGAAGAACUUACCCUUGCCAUUACUGCAACAAAGUAUUCGCUUUAGCAGAAUACCGUACCAGACAUGAAAUCUGGCACACAGGAGAAAGGCGAUACCAGUGUAUCUUCUGCCUUGAGACUUUUAUGACAUAUUACAUACUCAAAAACCACCAGAAAUCUUUCCAUGCAAUUGACCACCGGCUUGGAGUAAAUAAGAAAACUGCUAAUGGCAGCUUGAAACCAAGUGUAUAUCCUUACAAACUUUAUAGGCUUUUGCCUAUGAAAUGCAAAAGGCCACCAUAUAAAAGCUAUGGAAACCCUUCCUUUGAAAGCAUACAAGAAAGCAUACAAGUUAAUGAAGUCCCUUCUAGUACCUGUAUUAUUCAGAAUACUGUCACUUCUGAGCUGCCAUCACUAGAUUUUCCACACAAGAUGUUGUCAAACACAACGAUUUCGUUGGAUACAUCUUCAUGUAGUGAUGCAACAGCAGUACCUGUGAACCCUCCAAAUAUUUCUUCAUGGGAAGCUGGUUCAUCAGAAGCAGACCUUAAAAGUGAUACUUAUGCUCCUGGAAGACCAUUGUCUUCCACUGAACCUAACUCUGGUCCUCUGGAAUAUGAUUCCUUUCUUCAAACAAUUAGCAGUAGCAAUGCCAGUGAAAACUCAACCUCCGUUAUUAAUUAUAACAAAGCAUCCUCUGUGAUAGUGCAUAGUAGUAGAGUUUCAUCUGUAAUAAUGCACAGCAAUGCUGUCAAUGCCAUAGGAAGUAAUAGCAACAUAGGAACCUCAGAUAUUACAACCAGCCAAGUAGCAAGCGAUGACCGCAUACAUGGGUCAGAUGGUAGCAAAAGCAAUGUGAGAACAAGAAGCAAUAAGGAAAAGAAGAAAAUAUCACUAUACGAUAGAGAAGAAACAUCAGAAGAGUUAAAGUAUGUGGCAAAUACAGGGAUGUCUUCUAACACACCUACAGAUACUUUUGAACCUUCAAGUAAGACUGAAACCUACAUUGCAAAACCUGCAUUACCGGGAACAUCUGCUGAUAGUAAUGUUGCUCCUCUUUGUCAAAUCACAGUUAAAAUUGGGAAUGAAGCUAUUGUGAAGAGACAUAUUUUGGGGUCCAAACUGUUUUACAAAAAAGGCAGAAGAUCUAAAUAUGAAUCCAAAGAAGAUCAUACAGUUCAGGUUUCAGAACGGGAGAAAAGAGAAAGAAGCAUGUCUCGAGUUUGUCGAUCAGACUACAUUGAACUCAAUGAAAUGUGUGAUGAUGUAAGUGACCAUGACUCCAACGAUAAACCAUGGCGGCCGUAUUACAAUUACAAACCAAAAAAGAAAUCUAAACAGCUAAGGAAAAUGAGAAAGGCAAAAUGGAGAGAAAAGUACAAGACCAGAGAUCCCAGCAGAGAAAGUGGAAAGACGUUUGUCACAAAUUAUGCACUCAGGAACCUCCCUGGAGAAAAGAGCCAAGAAGAUGAUGGGAAUAUGCCAAAUCUUCAUUGUGAGCUCUGUGAAAGGGAGAACUCUUCUGCUGAAGAAACCCAGGAUCAUUUACACUGGGACACACCAACAUCAGAGCCUUACGCUUGUGAGUUAUGCCCAAAGCAGUUCCAGAGUCCAUCUGCUCUAAGGAUGCAUAUGCGAUGUCAUACAGGAGAGAAACCCUACCCUUGCAAAACCUGCGGAAAGAGCUUUGCAGUCUCAGGCAACUUACAGAAGCAUGAACGCACCCACCUAGCUGUCAAGGAUUUUGUCUGCCAGUAUUGUAGCAAGGCAUUCACUCUAAACGAAACACUCAAAAUUCACGAGAGAAUUCAUACAGGGGAAAAGCGUUACCACUGUCAGUUUUGCUUUCAGAGUUUCUUAUAUCUUUCUACCAAACGGAACCAUGAGCAAAGACAUCAGCGUGAGCAGAGUGGGAAAGGGUUUGCGUGUUUUCAGUGCCCCAAGGUUUGCAAGACAGCAGCUGCUCUGGGAAUGCAUCAGAAGAAGCAUUUAUUCAAAAAACCCAAGCAAGAGGAUAGAAAAGACAAUUUGUUUAAGGAAAGCACUAAGCCAUUUAUAAGUCAACAUUUCAUCAAUUCAGAGGGACAGCAAACAACUAAACUGUUACAAACUCAAAAUGUAAUUAAUGCAGAUGGGCAUGAAGCAAGUAACAUUCAAUAACACACAUCAGGGAUUGGAGUUUGAGUAAGAAAAACGUUCAGUGGAUUAAAGAACAUAGAAAGAAGAGUGAACUUAAGUCACGGGUGGGGGAAUGUCCAGACUUAUGGAAGUACUAAAACGUGAGGUGUUGCUUUGCAUAUAAAUAUUUAUUACA